AUGGCCCAACAACUCCACGCGCGGUCCGCGAUCGAGCGCGAGACGAUCGUGGGGUUGGAGGGCCGGCUCGGGGAAGCCGAAAAGGCCCUCGACGCCGCCCUGCACGCGGUGCAUGCGCUGCUCCGACGCUAUGGGGGGAGCUCGGACGGACUUCACACCCUGCCGGAGGUGAUGGAGGGGUUGGGUGCGUUUCUCAGCGCGCUUUCGGUGUCCGUCGAUGGGCCGUCCUCUUCGCUGCCCUGCGGGAUCGCGCGGCUGCGGGAGCGGGCCGAAUGGGAGGCGAACCAACACCGCUCCCUCCAAGACGCGGUUGAGGGGCUGGAGCGGGCUAACGCCGCCCUCGAAAAGGCCCUCCAAGCCCGCACGCAGGAGCUCGACGCGCUGGCGCGGGAAAUGGUCCACCCGGAUGAGGUAGAUCGGUUGGAAAAGUCGAACAAACAACUCGAAGAGCGCUGUGAGCUGCUGCGCAAAGAGGUCAAACGCCAGCGCGAGCAAUCCCAUCGCGAUCGGGCCUUCCAGGAACUGAGCUCGGGGCUUGUUGGGAUCCCAAAGGAUUCAAUCGAAACCGAAUCGGCCUUGCGCGCCGCGGCUAGCGGUGUGCUCGAACGGGAUAUGCUUUCCCUGGCGACCACGCAAAGCCAGCGCGACCAGGAGCUCCGAAUUAUGCGAAUAAAAAUCGCUGAAAUUGAAAAGGAGAACACCGAUCUUAAAAAGUCGUGUGAGCACAAUAACAAGGUCGUGAUUGAAUACACCAAAGAGAUCGAGGAGAUGAAAUCCAACCAGCGGAUUCAGGUGAGCAUCGAAUAUGUGAAAAAUAUCAUUUAUCAAUUCUUGUGUGCGAACGACAAUUUGCGUAUGAAAAUGAUCCCGGCGAUUGGAACGGUGCUGGAAUUUAAUGCGAAGGAAAAGGGCGAUAUUAUCGCGGCGAAUCCGAAGUGUCCUAGAUUUGUCUAG